AUGCUGCGUCGGUGGCAUCUCGCAGCCAGCGUUCACCUCGUCUGGGCACAGGACUGGCCUGCGACUGCAAAUGGGUUUAAUCCAGGCGAUGUCCCGGCGCCCCCAGUCAACAUGCAACCUCAGAUACCUUUCCAGAUGCCGGAUGCGAUGGCAGAGCCCACUGCCCUUCCUACGAUGCCUCCGGAGCCAUCCCCUGCUCCAGUGGCUCCUCCCAUGUGCCAAGAUUUUCUGAAGCUGCGCAGCCAAGUCACAAAGUCGCCGGUAAGAACAUAUGUACAGAACUUCGGCACUUGGUUGAGAGAGAGCCCCUACCAGACUGCAAUUGCCCUUGCCGCAUUCGCAAUCGGCUGCGUCUGCGCAUGGGAUGGGCCACGACUUUGGGAAAACCUGCUGAUUUCUGGCUGUUCGAUGGCUGUGGCGUGGCUUGCACAUUUCGAAUCAUCCAAGAACGACUUUGCGCCUAACUUGCCGUCAGAGCUGGUGCUGACGCUGGCGGCAGGCGGGAUCACGGGCCUUGCUGUGUACAGCGGCUUUGAGGGGACCCAGGUCAUCAUCGGAGCUGUGAUCGGCUUCGCGGCGGCUGCCAAUUGCGGAGUCGGGAGUCAAGCACAGGCAAUUGACAACAGUCUACCGGGGAUUUCCUUGACCUGGUGUUGUGCUGGGUCUAUCUUCGGCGCCUGGGUAUUGGUGACUUGGAGGCGCCCUCUCCUGGCUUGCUUAGCACCGCUCUUUGGCAGUUACUUGGUGGUCGCUGGCUUGGGCACUCUACUCGGUGACUGCUUGGACACAGAAUUUCUUCCCUUGCAGGGUGCGCCCUGGUCAGUCGAAGCCUCGAUCCUGCUGGGACCCUUAGGACUUCAUGCCCUGACAUGGCACUGCCUCUGUGCUUUCCUUGCCGCAUCUCUUCAGAACUGUGGUCGUAGGGCCUUGGCGGUAAUGGCAUUGAUUGGCUAUGUGGUGUUGCUUGCUUUGGGAGCGCUGCUUGUGGGUGUUCAGUGCCAUGACGGCACUCGGACAGAUGGAAGUGCUUGUCCAGAGCAUUUGGCGUUCCCCGGACGAUGGCAGUGGCAGUGCGCUGGCUGUACAGCCUGGGCGAUACUGGCGGCAUACACAGGAUGGAGGCAACUGGGUGCCCUUCAGGUCUACCUCUCGCGAAAGCUCAGCAGGAGGACAUCCCGGUCCCGAAGUAGUUAUGCUCCCCUGGAUGAGCCGCCCAACGUUGAGAGUGGCUUACAAGCUUUCGUUCCGCCGGGCUACACGGUUACCACGGUGACUGGCCCACAGCGACUGUCAGGAUUUGUGAGCUCGCUUCCACAUCGUCGCCCCCUUGGCACGGUCUAG